CCUCCUCUCUCACAGUCAGAGCCUUGAAAACUUGUUAAAAGCUCUCCCAGUGUUCCAAGUUAGAAAAAACUUUUACGAGGUAUCAGCACUUUUCUUUCAUUAGUGGGGAAGGAAGGAUGAAAAAUACAAAGCAGCAGUAGGGUUUUAAAGUUUAAAUAGACAGGUCUGAGUGCCUGAACGUGCUCUUCCAUUUUACUUUAGCCCUCCAAAGAAGUAUUCUGAUUCAGUUUCACUGCUCAUCAGCAAGGCCAGCAUCCCAGGAAGAUGGGCGAUUGGAGUGCCUUGGGAAAACUUCUUGACAAGGUUCAAGCCUAUUCUACUGCAGGAGGAAAAGUGUGGCUGUCUGUCCUCUUUAUUUUCCGAAUCUUGCUAUUGGGGACAGCAGUUGAAUCUGCCUGGGGAGAUGAACAGUCUGCUUUCCGGUGCAACACUCAACAGCCUGGUUGUGAGAAUGUCUGCUAUGACAAGUCCUUCCCCAUCUCCCACGUACGCUUCUGGGUUCUGCAGAUCAUAUUCGUGUCUGUACCUACGCUUUUGUACCUGGCGCACGUGUUCUACGUAAUGAGGAAAGAAGAGAAGCUGAACAAAAGAGAGGAAGACCUCAAGGCGGUCCAAAAUGAUGGUGUGAAUGUGGAUAUGCACCUCAAGCAAAUAGAAAUUAAGAAAUUCAAGUAUGGGAUUGAAGAACAUGGCAAAGUCAAGAUGCGUGGGGGACUGCUCCGUACUUACAUCAUCAGCAUCCUGUUUAAAUCUGUCUUCGAAGUGGCUUUCUUGCUGAUACAGUGGUACAUUUAUGGGUUUAGCCUGAAUGCCAUCUACACCUGCGAGCGAGAUCCAUGCCCACACAGAGUGGACUGUUUCCUCUCCCGUCCAACUGAGAAAACCAUCUUCAUCCUCUUCAUGCUGGUCGUGUCCUUGGUGUCUCUUGCCUUGAAUAUCAUCGAGCUUUUCUAUGUGUUCUUCAAGGGUGUCAAGGAUCGUGUGAAAGGGAAAACCGACCCCUACUCCCACAGCGGUGCCAUAAGCCCUUCCAAGGACUGUGGCUCCCCCAAAUAUGCUUAUUACAAUGGUUGCUCCUCACCAACUGCCCCCUUGUCUCCCAUGUCUCCCCCAGGGUACAAGCUCGUUACUGGAGACAGGAACAAUUCCUCCUGUCGUAACUACAACAAGCAAGCUAGUGAGCAAAACUGGGCCAACUACAGUGCAGAGCAGAACAGAAUGGGCCAGGCUGGCAGCACCAUCUCCAACUCGCACGCCCAGCCCUUCGACUUCUCUGACGAGCACCAGAACACUAAAAAACUGGCGUCGGGACAUGAGCUGCAACCCCUCACCAUUGUGGACCAGAGGCCUCCCAGCAGAGCCAGCAGCCGAGCCAGCAGCAGGCCUCGACCUGAUGACCUGGAGAUCUAAGCUUCUAGCUGCAGUACUUGCUCAACUAUGAAAUGAUGUGCAUUGGAAGAUGCCGUCAGUGCUGAUCUUGUUCCAGUGGAGGUGGUACUUAACAGUCUCAAGCAGGAGAUUUUAACAAUCAUGAAA